AUGGCAGAUCCCCUAUCAAUUAUUGGGACAGCGGGAGCGAUUGCAAAUAUUAUCGAUGUCCUCACCAAAACGAUCUCAACGGUAUGUGACAUGCGACAAGCCUGGAAAGUCGCCGACCUCGCUGUGUUCGCCUUCGAAAACCAGCUUAAUCUCCUCAAACUUGCACUUUUUGAAAUACAGAAAUGGACAGAGUCCAGAUCAAGCGAACAGUCGCAUCAAUUGGUGAUGCAAGUGGACAGCUGCGUUACGUGCUGCCGGCUUCUCAUUGGCAAAAUUGAUAGUGAAGUGUCACAGUUUCAGAAGACUGCAGCUGGUGGUCUAGAGCUUGGUUCUAGGCUUUCCUUUCUGUUCAAGACGAAAGACAUGGAGCAAAUUCAGCGGAUGGUUGAUCAACAGACACAUACCUUAACACUUCUGCUAAGUGCUUGCAACUCAAAUGCCUUGGAAGAGCAAACUAGAAUCUUGCAGCAGCCUAAAAUUAUACAGGCUUUGGAGGACAUGGACCGAGACACUGCGUCUCUCAUUGUUCAUCGAGACUCUGACUCCAUAAUUACAGCUACAUCCGUAAGCUCUUCGCGAUGGCCGGUUCAGUUUGCGUUCGACCGGGAGCUUUUUAUCACUAAAGUUUACGACAAAUGGAUUCGGAAGCUCGCAACGGCACGGCGGAGCAACAGUCACCGCUCGAAAGAUACCACUCAGCAAGACAAUCAACAAAUCUCAAAUAAUGAUGCUACCUUCUCGAGUGCAUCUACCGACGAGCAGCAGACUACUCUUGUGCACGCAGAAACUACUACAUCAGAAGAAGUGAUUCGGUCAUCGGCAAGCCUGGGAGAACAAAUGAAUUCUUUGACAGAAACAGCCGUGGACAUAUAUAUGCAACCUCUGAAGAGAGGCCGAGCCAGAAGCAGGUUGAAGCUUCAAACCAAGAAUUCCCAACGUAUUGAUCAGAACUUGAAAGAUGAUUCCAAAUCGACUAAUCGAGAAGUCAAGGUAGUCAUCCUUGGUUCAAAAUCGAGGAAGCGAGUCUUUGAAGAGAUGAGGUUAUCGGACUACCAACCACAAUGUUACACAACUGAGCAACUACGUAUGUUCCGUCCCAUAAUCCUCGGCAUAGUUUUAGAAGGUAUUCAGUAUUUGGCAAAGAGACUAUUGGCCGAUAAGACCACUAGAGGGGGUACCAUCCGGGCGUGUCUGGAAGACGUGUUGAUAUGCGACAAAUAUUUGGAUCUCAACAAUGGGUUUGAGCCGUGGGUCGUCGAAAUAUUUCAUACUAUAAUGAGCCAUUCGGCGGCUAAGGCUUUGAUGACGGACGAAACCUUCGUGCUUCCUGAGAAUGCCGACUACUUUUUAAAUCAAAUCGAUAGGAUCAUGCAAGAUAACUAUAUACCGACAGACUCGGAUGCGAUAAAUUGUCCAACACCAUUGCCUGGCUGUGUGGAGGCAAUCUUCAACAUGGGCCAGCUCACCAUGCGAUUGACAGAUCCAGGUAAUGCAACAGUGAACCGGACAAAACUAUUUCCUCAACUCGAGGCAGUGUCAGCAGUAAUAUAUGUUUUCGAUCUAAGCACCUUUUCCCGCGAAGCCUUGCUUCAGUAUGAAUUGACCGUCGAUUCACGUUGGCUGAGAAAUUCAUUUACCAUUGUCAUCUUGAACAAUUCCAAGGGAUUUGCCAAGAGACUCGCAGAGGAGCCACUGAGCGAUGAAUUUCCAGAUUAUGCGGGAGGAGAUGAUGAAAGGAAUGCAUCGAAGUAUAUUCUGUCCAAGAUCUCGGUUUUGGACCAGUCUGAUGGCCGGUUAUAUAUCCAUUUCACAAAUGCCGUAUAUGAUGAUGGAGACUUGGAAAGGAUAUGGCGAUUCAUCCAGGAUGCCAUCGUGGAGCGUGCACUGAAAACUCUCUUGCCGAAAAAGAGCAGUAUACCGAAACACCUCCCUUUCCAAUUGGUUAUUCAGUCCAAGAUGGCAGAAUUUAGUCCGGGGAACGAUUCGCCGUGGGUCGUUCCAAAAUGGAAAUGUUUCGCCGAAAACUUACCCCAACAAGACCUGACUUACCACGAAGGCUGUUUCUCCAAGAAAGCCACCAAGGCCGUGAAUGGGCUAACUCCAAAGCGUUUCCCGGGAGCUAGGACUCAUGAUCCCUUCAACUUUGAAGACAUUAGAAUUAAUCAGCUCUACACAUUUCUUCUAUCAAUUGGCUUCUACGACUUCCAAUUCAUCAUAUCCAAAGAAUCUCUCAGCAACUCGCCCAGUCAUGUCGAGGAGACAGAUCCAACACCCCAAGCCGAGACUGCCAUUGAAUAUGAUAGCAAUGGCUUGAGUGGUAUCAUUCGAUCUCUGUAUGUUCUGGGAGCUGCUACUCUGGCUUCACUCGGAGGAUUCUCUUUCGGCUAUGAUCAGGGCGUGAUCAGUAUCAUCCUUACCAUGAAGCAAUUCCACGACCAAUUCCCUGAAACAGCCCCUGACCAUCCUCGAUAUGGCUUCAAUGUUGGUUUCAUGACUGGCAUGCUCGAACUUGGUGCCUUUGUUGGCUGUCUCUUUCUUCCAUACCUCGCAGACCGAAUCUCUCGAAAGUGGGCUAUGACUGUUGCUACUGUCUUCUUUACCAUUGGUGCUGUCAUUCAGACUGCUUCUCAUAACUAUGGCACACUCGUGGCUGGAAGGGCUAUUGGUGGAAUCGGCGUUGGAACUCUGGCCAUGGGUGCACCUCUGUAUAUCUCUGAGAUCUCCCCUCCGAACCUGCGAGGCUCUCUCCUGGUUCUUGAAGCUCUUUCUAUUGUCAUAGGAGCAAUCAUAUCCUACUGGAUUACCUAUGGCACCAAAGAUAUGGCCAGUGAAUGGUCCUUCCGACUGUCAUUCCUUCUGCAGAUGCCUCCUGCUCUCCUAGUCGGCCUCGGCAUUCACUUCUUCCCAUACUCCCCCAGAUGGCUCGUCAUGCGCCAACGAGACGACGAUUCUCUUCACGCCCUCGCCCAGCUCCGCCGCGUCCCCGCAACCGAUGAUCGCGUCCAAGCCGAAUGGAAAGGGGUUCUUACUGAAAUUCGAUUUCAGCAGGAGAUUCUUUCCCAGGAGCAUCCCAAUGAUAAAGGUAUCAUUCUGGAACUGAAGCAGUGGGGUGAUCUGUCCCGAUCUAGAUGCCUCAAGCGUACUGCAGUAGCUCUUGGAAUACCCUUCUUCCAACAAUUUUCUGGAAUCAAUGCGUUCGUAUACUACGCUCCUACUUUCUUCAAGGCGCUUGGACAGGAUGACAACAUGGCGCUAAUUCUAUCUGGAAUGGUGAAUAUCUGUCAGCUGGCCGCCGGUAUUCCUACAUGCCUCUACCUCGACAAGAUGGGCCGCCGCAAACUUGCUAUCCUUGGUGGUGCUGCUAUGGCCGUCCCUCAUCUUAUCAUGUCCGGCGUCGUUGGCAAGUUUGACGGCAGGUGGGAAGCCAAUCCCGGAAUGGGCUGGUUUGGCGUUGCUCUCAUCUACAUCUAUGUUCUCUGCUACGCAUGCUCAUACGGACCAUUGGCUUGGACUCUCCCCGCCGAGGUGUUCCCCAGCUCCCUCCGAGCUAAGGGUGUUGGAGCCGCGACUGCCAUGGUUUGGCUUGCCAACUUUAUCAUCGGUGUUGUUGUGCCCGAGAUGAUCAUCAAGAUCGGCUAG